AUGAUGAUGCAUCAUGAUUAAUUAAUGAAAGAUCAUAUGGAAUUUAUAUACUAAAUUAUUAAGUUUAUUUUUAAGUUCUAAAAUUACCUCAAGCAUAGAAUAUUUAUUUUUAAAAUGUAUUUCUAUAUGCUAUUUCUUGAGAUUGUGUAUGGUUCUUCGCUAUACUUAAGAUCAAACGGAAGUGUAGAAACCCAAAUCUUUAAAGGAUGCACUUACUCUGGUUCAAGUUCUAAUUAUGUUUUAUUUCAAUGCAUUUAGCAUAAUGUAUUUGUUCCAUAAGUAGAACUUACUCAAAAUUAGGUAAUAUAAUAUUUUACAAAAAAGAUAGGUAUAUAUACUUUUGAAAGAAUUGGAGAAACUUAGUUUAGCAAUUACUUAAUUUGUGACCUCAUCACUGCUGAUGGAUAGUAGGUAUUAGAAAUAAGAAGAAUUUUAUCUCCUGAACACUUCGAUUUUGUUAAGCAAGUGCAUAAUCUUAUGUUUUAUGAACUCACCUAAGUAGACUCGACGAAUAUGACGAUUUCUCUAUUAAAAAAAUUAGAGGAUAAAUAUCUGAUAGAAAUACAUCAAAUAUUCCCUGGAAAUGUAAAUUAUUUAAGCAGCAUUCAAUAUCAAUUUAAUUCAGACGAUAAUUGCACGAUUUUAGGAUUCUCACAAUAUUACAAUAAAAUUAGAAAUUCUGUAUUGCUAAUCAUUUUGAAGUCGAAUAAGUUCUAGUUAAUUGAAUACUCUUUAUUUGAUUUGUAAUUUAGAGAUGUUUCUACAUAUAAUUUAUCUGAAAAUAAUAUACCAUUGAAAUGGAAAAUCUAUAGAUCAGGUUAUAUCAUUAUUACUUAUCAGCAAUUCUAAGUACUUUAUGGCAUAGGAGACAUUUUAUAUGAAAUUUAAGAAAUAUAUAGAUUUGAUUCCCAACCACUUUAAAUGCUCAAAGAUUUUAAUGGAAUAGAUUCUAAUUAUAUAUUGUAACAAAAUAACAAUGAAAUAAAAUUAUUCAUUAUUGAAGAAAUUCAGAACUUAUACUAAUAAAAAGUAGUUUCAUAGAUUUAGUAGUUUAAUGCUUCAUAUUCAAAUAUUGCAUUUCAUAAUGAUAAAAAUCAAUUAUUAUUAAUCUAUGAUAAUUUUGAAAUUAAAUAAUUUAAUAUUGAUUAUAUUAAGAUGAAUAUGUAUUAACCCUAUUUAUUUAAUAUAGAAGAAUUACCUUAAAUAAAUUUAUAAUCUAUUCAUUAUUAAUAGAAAUUUAAUUCAAAUUUCUAUUCUUAAUUAAAAUUAGAUAAAUAAUAUUAAGAUUCUUUAAUGCCUUGUAAUAUAAUAUAUGAAUCUUUGAAUAUUUCUUUAGUACCUUAUAAAUCUGAAUGUAUAUUUGAAACCUUGUAUAAUCAUUUUGUAAAUGGUUGCAACACAUUUAAUAGUUGUUAUUCAUGUAUGAAAUAAACUGGAUGCGAAUGGAUUAAUCAAUAAUGUUAAUCUGUAUAGAAUUAUGAGAGUUUGAGUUUGAAUUAAAUUCAGGAGAGUUCUAAAUGGUAUGUUAAUAAGAUAAUCAAGUGUGGUUAUGAAAUUGAGUUUAAUUAGACAUACUAAGGAAAUAUUUCUUAAGGAACAGUAUUUACAUUAUUUUAUGAUGCUACCAUUUUAUAAGAAUUUGAUAUGCUCUUUAGUUUAUUAAUAGAGAAUUAAAGAAAUAAGAAUUUCAUUCAACAAUAUAUAUGUUUAGGGUAUGAUUUUGAAUAAUUGUGUCAUUAAAUAAUAAUUAAUGAUUUUAAAUCAAAUUUAAUAUUUAAAAGUAUAUACUUUAGAGUAACUUUGGAAUUUUUAGAAGAUAUCAUAGUGAAUGAUCUCACGAUUACAUUUAAAUAAUAAGAUCCAUAAUAAGAGUUUAAUUAUUGGCAAUUAUGGAAAUUAAUAAGUGGGUUAAUUUUAGUCUUUAUUCUUUUCGCAAUAAUCAUCUAUAUAGCUAAUAAGAGGAUGAAUUAUUUAAUAUCUUUAACACUUCCAAAUGUAUAACAAAGUUUGGAUAAGGACAGUCUAUUCAAAACAAUGGAGAAUAUGAUAAAAGAAAAGGUGCUAACAAAGCAAAACUUUUCAAAUUAGAUUUUGAGAUUUGAUGAUGAUAAAUGCCCUUUUUGUAUUGAAAAAUAUGAAAUGAAAUAGGAAACAGUAUAGAUAUUCUGUGGCCAUACUUUUCAUUUAUUAUGUUUUGAAGAUUGGAUUAGAAUAAACACAAAAUUAAUAAGAUGCCCAAUAUGCAAUUAAACGUAAUAUAUUAUAAUAUAUUUUAGAAUUGAAUAUUUUUUAAAGAACAAAGAAUAAUUUAAAAAAUCAAUCAAUAUUUGA